AGUGAUGUACAUUAGACUUGUGAACUUGCGGGCGUACCUAUUUGUUGUAUUUGCGAGGCGGCAUGGUUUUCCACAUGUGGUGACAAAACAGAUACGUAGAAACGACAAAUAUAACGUGUGGUAAAUGAAACAAGGCUUCUACAAAACGAACGUAUUCAAUGGAGAUUGUACUGAAUAUGGUAAUUGAAUUCUACGUGGGCUAUAGGACUCAGGCGGACUCUCUAGACUGGGUUGAUAACUGACCUGAUGCUAAGAUAAGGAAUGGUUGAUCGUCUGCAUAUUGCUUCAUCGGUUCCUGGUUUUCAUUGGAAUUACUUAAAUUGAGCGAACAGAACUUUUGCCCACACUAUCGCUUCGGAAUAUAGUGAUCAAAUUGAUCAUUAAUGUAGACAGAUGAUUCGACACGAACUGUCAAUACAUUUAGUAAUCGUUGUCUUCACAUUUCUGACUAUGGUAAUUUUCUGUUCUGGUCAGGCUUUUUCAAACAAUGGACAAUCAAAUGAAGAUCUCCCUCGUGAACAAUACGAACAUAUCAGACCUUAUCGUUCGUCGUCAAGUGGCGAUUUUAUUUCCUAUGACUUGUCUACUGAGAAGGAAGAAAAAUACAGGGAAUAUUUGAAGUACAUGCAGCAGCUUUCUGAGUUUGACAUUCCAGCAAGUAUUCCAAAGGAUAUCACAUCAACAAUAUUUUACACAUUUUAUGCUUUUGGUAAGCAAUUUCUGUUAAAUAUAACGCUAAGCCAGCACCUGGUGGCGCCAAACACCUCAAUUGAGAAACACCUUGAUAAUGGAACUGUCUCAACAAACCUAGUGCAAAAAAACUGUUUUUACCAAGGAACGGUGAAUGAUUCAAAUGAUUCUAUUGUCUCCAUCAAUAAUUGUAAUGUAGGUUUGUUGCUUUUUAUCAGGGUUUCAGCUGGCCAAAAAAUGUAUUGA